CCGCGUUGCCGCCGGAGACCCGUAAUAUGGCGGGGAGGAGGAGGAGAAGGAGGCGGCGGAUCGAGCUGUGUUCUGUCAGUACCAACUGAGCUGUUUGCUUCCUAACAAGGCCCGUGGCGAGGGGAAAAUAAAACCUGACCGGGCCGUGGGAGAUCAGUACUUUUAUCAAGUGCCUACUGUGUGCUGAUCCUGUUCUGUGUAAUGGGGAUUCAGUGGUGAGCAAGACUGGAAAGGUACCUGUGCUUAUGGAGCUUACAUUUUGGUGGAGGAAGACAGAACCCACAGAAAUAAACAAGAUAAUUUCAGAUAGUGUGUAAUUGUGGGAAGAUGGAGGAGUAUGAGAAGUUCUGUGAGAACAGUCUUGCCAGAAUCCAAGAUGCAUCACUAUCCACAGAGAGCUUUCUACCUGUCCAGUCUGAAAGCAUCUCACUUAUUCGCUUCCAUGGAGUGGCUGUGCUUUCUCCCCUGCUUAACAUUGAGAAAAGAAAGGAAAUGCAACAAGAGAAGCAGAAAGCACUUGAUGUAGAAACAAGAAAGCAUGUUAAUAGGAAGAAAGCCUUAUUGACUCGGGUCCAGGAGAUUCUUGAAAAUGUUCAGGUUAGAAAAGCACCUAACGCCAGUGAUUUUGAUCCGUGGGAGACUGAAACAGUUUACUCUGAUUCAGAAGUCAGAAACUUGAAUGUCCCUGCUACGUUUCCAAAUAUCUUGCCAAGCCCUACUGAGCACUCUACUUUAGGAAAGUUUGAAAAGAUAACUGGAAUUUUGCCAUUGAAUAAUGAGGACCAAUUUAAAUCUAAUGGGGUAGACUUAACUAGGGACUCAGAAUUUAAUUCUUUGAAGCACUGUGAUAGUUCAGAUAUUAUUAGCUCUGUGGAAAAUGAAGCUUCUGUAAAGACCCCCUCCACAACCCCUCAGGAGACUCUCACACCCAAUGGUCUCUUCCCAACCAAUGAAGAACAAGACCCAUCACUUUCGGAAGAAGUUACUCCGGAUCCCUACAUAAUGAGUCUUCAGAACUUGAUGAAAAAGUCAAAGGAAUAUAUAGAAAGAGAACAAUCGAGACGUAGUCUGAGAAGUAGUGUGAAAAGAAGUGUUUAUGAGAGUCAUUCAGAUAAAGAAAACGAGGCUGUUAAAGGGACUGACUCUGGGAGGGAGAAGGUGCAGCUGGCUGGCAGACACUGUGCUUCUCUGGUUCCUGACAAACCAAGCCUUAAUAAAUCAAAUGUUCUCCUCCAAGGUGCUUCUACUCAAGCAAGCGGCAUGAAUAUGUCCGUUUUAGGUAGCUUUUCUAAAGUGGACAUACCUGUACGAACUGGCCAUUGCACUGUUUUAGACCUCGAUUCUGAUUUUAAAGUCAUUCCCACUUUUGUUCCCGAAAAUAAUGGUAUCAAAAGUCUUACUGGUUCGUAUGCCAAAUUACCUAGUCCAGAGCCAAGCCUGAGUCCUAAAAUGCAUCGAAGGCAUUCUAGGCCAUCAUCAGCAUGUCAUAUACUUAUAAAUAACCCAGUAAAUGCCUGUGAAUUAAGUCCUAAAGGAAAAGAACAGACGGUAGACUUAGUUGUUCAAGCUACUGAUGAAGAAACAAAUAUACCUGAAAGUGUGCCAAAGUUACCAGCUGAUUUAGCUGGAGUUUGUUCAAGCAAGGUCUGUGUCACCAAAAAUACAUCUGAAGCCAUACAGGAAGUGGUUUUAGGUAAAUCAAAUCAGGUAUGCCAGUCUUCAGGAAAUCAGUUAGAAAACAGGGUUAUCCAUGGACUUGCUAUUGUGGAAGGUCAGUUAACAUCUGAUGGGAGAGGACCACUCAAAAUGGACAGUACAUGUACUGCAAUGCCAAGGUUGCCUGAGCCAUAUGCCACCAGUCAGUGUAUAGUGACUCAAAACUUUGGAACUAUGAGCGGACUCAAGUCAGCCAAUGUGUUAGAGAAAAACACCUGCAAUUUACAAAUGGAACUGAAUAAGUCUUAUGAUGUAAAAAACCCAUCUCCUUUACUCAUGCAAAACCAGAAUACCAGACAGCAGAUGGACACCCCUACAGUGUCCUGUGGAAAUGAACCAUUUUUGGAUAACAGUUUUGAGAAAGUUAAACGGAGACUUGAUUUAGAUAUUGAUAGUUUGCAAAAAGAAAACUGCCCUUAUGUCUUAACAACUGGAGUAGCUGAACAGGAAAGGCAACAUUUGCCAGAAAAAAGAUACCCUAAGGGAUCUGUCUACAUCAACAAGAAUAAAAUGUUAGAAAGUAGUUCCAAAGAAGGCGAGGAGAUAUUAAAAAGCAAGAUGUUAGCUUUUGAAGAAAUGCGGAAGAGGCUAGAAGAACAGCAUGCCCAGCAGUUAUCACUACUCAUAGCUGAGCAGGAAAGGGAACAGGAGAGAUUGCAGAAGGAAAUAGAAGAACAGGAGAAAAUGUUAAAAGAGAAGAAGGUGAUUGCUGCUGAAGCCUCAGAAUCAGGCAUUAACAAUGCAGUGGACUUAGAAUGGAGAAAAAUAAGCGACUCUGGUUUGCUGGAAACAAUGUUGUCUCAAGUGGACUCACUCCAUACUUCAAAUUCAAAUAGUUCUGGUUUCACAAAUUCUGCUCUGCAGCAUAGCUUUGCUUCUGCAAAUGAAGCACCCUUCUACCUCUGGGGAUCAUCAACUAGUGGCUUGACCAAACUCUCAGUAACAAGGCCUUUUGGACGGGCCAAACCUAAAUGGUCUCAGGUUUUCAGUCCAGAAGUACAAACAAAAUUUAACAAGAUAACCGCAGUGGCAAAAGGAUUUCUUACUCGUAGGCUUAUGCAGACAGAUAAGCUGAAACAACUUCGCCAAACUGUAAAAGACACUAUGGAAUUCAUAAGGAGUUUUCAGUCAGAAGCGCCAUUAAAGAGAGGAGUUGUUUCAGCACAAGAUGCUUCUCUUCAGGAAAGAGUGUUAGCUCAGUUGCGAGCUGCCCUAUAUGGUAUUCAUGACAUAUUCUUUGUAAUGGAUGCAGCUGAAAGAAUGUCUAUUCUCCAUCAUGACCGAGAAGUUCGCAAAGAAAAAAUGCUCAGGCAAAUGGACAAAAUGAAAAGUCCACGAGUGGCCCUGUCAGCUGCAACACAGAAGUCUCUUGAUAGGAAGAAGUACAUGAAAGCUGCUGAAAUGGGAAUGCCAAAUAAGAAAUUUCUGGUUAAACAAAAUCCUUCUGAAACAAGAGUCCUUCAGCCAAACCAAGGACAGAAUGCACCAGUUCAUAGGCUACUUAGUAGACAAGGCUUUGGGGAAGUGUAUCACCCAGAAAUAUUUGUAUCUGCACAUAAAGUGAUGAAAAAUUUCUCCCUCUGGCCACAAGAUCACAUGUGAAUAUGCCAGGUGGGAGGGGGUAAGUUUUGUUUUUGUUAUUUUAUGGAUUUUAAAUUGUUUAUGGUGGCAAGAAGACAAAUUCAAUAUUAAGCUAAUGCAAAGCCGUUAAGCUAAUGUUUUACUAUUUUGUAGGUAUUUUUGUUAAAGACACUUUGAUAAGCUCACCAAAAAUUGUGAUCCAUUAAAAAUACUUUCAAAAUGCUUCGCUUUAACUAUACUCCUUUCUAAACAUUUUAAAGAAAAUCUAAAUCACUAGGCAAUGAUGAUUAAAUCUUUAAUCAAUUCUAAUCUUCCCAUUAACAUACAAUUAGGCAUAUUUUAGAGCUUUUAUUACUGUUUUCCUCUAAAUUAGGAGGGAAUGAACAAAAUUUUUUUGUGUUACUGCUAUUUGUUCCCAUAUGUUCGAAGAGGGAAUGAGAUAUACUGAUAACUUUGAAAUGAUUGCUGACUUUUUGCAUAUAUAUAUAGUGAAUUUAAUUCAUAAUGUUGCAUAUGUAGAAUAUAAUAUAAAAGGUCAUCUUUUGGAAGUUACUGUGAGUGACAGUCAGUGGAGUUGUUUUAAAGGAGAUUAUGUUGAGGAUUUAUUCCAGAGGUGAUCAGAGUCAGCUGGUUUGAAAGGUAACUAGAAGAACUCAGACCAAACACUAGAUCUGUUGCUUGUGAAGUUAUGUGUAGUGUUAUGAUCUUUUCAAUUUUUUCCCAUAUUAGAGUUAUAUAUUGUGAUAAAUCCUGGCCAGUUGGUGAUUCAUUGAGGAAUUAGUAUUGUUUUGUGUGAUAUUCUCCAUUUGCCACAGUGAUGACUAUCCAUGUUCUUGUCUCAUGCAUUUCAUCUCCACUGUUUGUCCCUUGUGAAUCUGUAAAAAAAAGAGCAAGUAAAACUCAACAGUAUGAAGGAUGAAUAACAGGAGGCCUUUGCAGUUCAGUAUCUAGAACGAGGUUUAAUUGCACUGCAACAUAAUUCUAAUACAAACGAACUUAACGUAUAAUUAUUAUAUAUCUAAACAAGUACAAAUUUCCUAUUUUUCUAAACAUUUCUACAUGAGUGCUGUAUUUAGACAAUUAAAAAAGACUAAAGAUUCUAUCAUUUUACAUAAAUUGAAAAUUUGGGAUAUGUGACUGAUUAAAAUUCUAACUCUGAAUCUCAACAUAGGGCCUCAGUAGUUGCAGUUGAAAAGACUAUUCUUUCCUGCUCAGAUUUUUAAUGGCCUGGAUUAUGUUUCAAACAAACUUGAAAUUUAUGAUUUAUUUUGAUCUGCAGGGAGAACGAAGCCUUUAUUAAUAAGUAACUUAUAGAAAGCUCAUUUUUUGUGUGAUGAUAGACUUUCAUACUCAGACUGAAGUAGGAUGCUAAGGGGUGGUUACAUUUUGCUGCAAAGCACUUAAAGUUGUUUAUAGUUCUUACAAACUAAAUUGCAAUCUCUGAUGUCAUGUUUUAAAACAUAUUUGCUCAUUUGAUGUCUUGUGUUUGACUCAGGAGUUUAUAGUGAAAUUCAGAAACCACUAAUUAAAGCAAAGUAGGAGUAAUGCAAAAUGAUUGUUAAGUAAAGCAACAAAUCAGGUGUAGCUGGGUUCUCAGAGUCUACUUCUGGCUGUUAGGCAUGUGACUUACUCUCCCAUGUCUCAAUUUAUUAUCUUUAAAACAGUAGUAACAGUUUCUACCUCAGGAUUAUUUUAUGUAAGGAUUAGAUAUGAUAAUGUAUGUCACUUAAGCUUAGUGCCUGGUAUAUAGUAAGCACUUGUUAAAUGGUAUUCUAGAAAAACUGACAUAGAGAAAUAAUAUUAGUUUUGCUCUAUUUUUAGGAGUAUAUGCAGGAAAAAUCCAAAGAAAGCGGCCAAAUGUUGCGACAAUUUAAGAAGACAACAUUCGUUAGGAUAAACAAGGGCCAGGGUGGGAGGCUUUGUGUACUGUUUCCCUUGCCCAGGACUCUUUAGUUAAUCCUGGACCGUUUACACAGGCAAAGUGAUAUCAAAGGGCUGAGCAAUUAUCUGCAAACUUGAUCACUCUGGCUAAUUCCUUCCCUACCCCUCAUUAUCCUCGUAACAUUAGGUUUGGGUGAAGACACUUUAGUAAUCUUAGACCAUCUCUUUGCUUAACCUGUACAAAUAUAAGUUUGUUUUCUGUACCCAGAUGUCUGCUGAGAAUGUUUUUGGACAUUUGGGUUUAUUUCUAUAAAAUAUCGAAAAGGUGUGAUAAAUUACAAAUAAGUUUGGAAAUAUAAAUUUCAUUCACCUCUGCACACUGACCACUAAAUUGAAUCAACAAAUUAGAGACUGUUCUAUUCGGGGGAAAAUUACUGCCAAAGGAUGUUUUCCCCUGGUUUUGUAAAAUUUAAACACUGAUUAAUCUCUCUAUCUUCAUAUUCUUGGACUCACUUGCCUGCUGGCUGUGGUCUACUCAGAAUUUACCACAGAAGUAGCUGGGGGCCACCCUUUUGGUUAACGGUAUACAUUCCUCUUAACCGCUGGUUGUCUUGUGCAGAAAUAUUAUGUUUAAUGUAGGUUACCCCAGUGCUCUUGGAAACACUUCUCCUAAAUCAAAAUCUUUCUUUGGAGGUUAACAAAUUAGGGAGAGAGCACAAUCUUCUUGAAUGUAGUAGCACCUAGGAGUGAAUCAGUGCAUCCAAUUUCUGUAAAAUAGAGUCACACUGCAUGCACUUCUAUUUUCUUGGUCUGCGCAUUUUGUUCCUUCAUAGUCUGUUUUUUCUAGCUUACUUGAUUUAGGAGAGACUAAAGGGCUAUAUGACAAUAAGUCUAGAUUUUCCAGUGGGAUAGUAAUAUUGUUGAGUUGAAAUUCUGCAUUAAAAGGCACUGAUAUUUAAGGUUUUCAUUACUAACAUAUUCAUUUAAAAUAUAAAUCAAAAAAGGUUACCAAUGGAACAUGAUUUUAUGAAAGAGAAUGUCACUGUUAAUUUAUCAUGCCAUUUCCAAAAAGGGCUUUGUGCUUUUCACAUAAAAUUGGGACUAUGUACAUUUACUCUUUCUAACUUGAAUUUUAAAAUGAUACUGGUAUUUUGAAAAUGAAGACUAUAUAUUCUUAAUAUCCUAGUAAGAAGGUGGAGAUAAAGAUGGUUUUCUCCAAUUUUGUCCUAUUUAAAAUUUAGCUUUUACAUCCAGCCGUAGACAAGACAGUAAUAAUCUACUCCGGGUGUAAACUGGACUUUCUUUAUUGAGAUGUAUCAUUUAUUGAAUGAGUGAGCCAGGAAAUCAGAAGAUGGUAUAAAAGGUCUGAAUUACCGAUUUUUUAUUUGUAGGCAAAGUAUAUCAAAAUAUCUUAAUAGGAUAAAUUGUGCUUUAUCAUUCUGAAAACUCAGGAUACAGCUUACUCAUCAUUGUGGGUCUUUCCAGUGAGAAAGAUAGAUGCUACAAAUUUUGUGUGCACUAAUGCAAAUUAGCUGAAACAAAUAGUACGUUUUGGAGAAAGCUAAAACUAGCUUUAGAUUAAGGUUGAGAAACAGGAGUGUUUUUUUUUUCAAGAUAAAAGCGUGUGUGUUUUACACAUAUUUUAAUGUUCACAGCUUUUUCUUAUGAAAGUGCCAUUGUUUUGUGCUUUUAAUGGAUUUUUUAUUUAUAUACAUUAUUUUUGUUAUUUUUGAGUGGAAUGUCCAUUAACGUAAAUUGUAUUUAUUUUUAUACUUUAAUUUUCAUUAGUUUUGCUUCUAGGCAAAAGGCAAAAUAAAC